UGAAAAAUAAUCUUCAGCUCAGUGUAAGUAAACGUUAAAAUAGUGAUGAAUGAUUGAUGUUAUGUUUCUCUUCCUUCAUUGUGCGAAGUUAUUUUUUGGUUAUUUUUUUUAUAAAUUCUAUAUAACUAUAGAACUUAUAAUUAUCAGAGGUAUUCAUAAAUAAAUUAUAAAUUUCAACAAUUAAAUUCGUAUUACCUGGUUACUCGAAAAGAUGAUAUUCCAGUUAGUUCGAAGAUUGCACAUAGCACCUGUGUGUAGAGCUGCAGAUUCUUCAUUACUGGCAAAACUGAGAAAAAAGACAGGAUACACCAUUGCAAACUGCAAAAAAGCAUUAGAAAUGCAUAACAACGAUACUGAUAAGGCAGAAGCAUGGUUGAAUGAUCAAGCACAAGCUAUGGGUUGGGCUAAAGCCACUAAGCUAGCUGGCCGGUCUGCUCUUCAGGGACUUGUGGCUGUCAAAUUCAACAAGAAUCAUGGAGCAUUAGUGGAACUCAACUGUGAAACAGAUUUUGUUGCCAAAAAUGAUAAAUUCCAUCGAAUGAUUGAAGAUGCUACUGCUGCUUGCUUCAAAUUUGCACAUACUAACUUGACAUCUAAAGGCCCUGUAACAAAAAUGGAGUUGGACAGUGAACAACUUGGUAAUUUAUCCGUUGAAGGUGGUAAAAAACUAACCGAAGUGCUGGCAUUGUUCAUAGGAUCGGUCGGUGAGAAUGCCAUAUUACGGCGAGCCGAGUGCUGGAAAGCCAACGACAAGGACGUGAAGAUAGCUGGCUAUACGCAUCCCGCUCCUGCAACCCCAGGGGAAUACUCUGCUGGCAAAUAUGGCGCAUUACUCGCGUACAAGCAACCUGGAGACACCGAGGACAUUGGUCGACAGCUCUGUCAGCAUAUCGUCGGCUGUGCACCAAGAAAAAUUGGCGACAAGGAACGCGAUAAACCAGCCAAAAACGCCGACGACGAGAUUUGCCUCAUUUACCAAGAAUACCUAUUAGAUCCUUCGUACACUAUCGAAGAAUUACUACAGCAAAACAAAGUAGAAAUUUUAGAUUACGUAAGAUUCUCCUGUGGCGAAGCAAUGGAAGCAAACUUGCCCGGUGUUGAGAAACAAUCAUUGGAUACAGUUCAAACUUUACAGUAGGAUCACUCCCAGAUUGAAUCUUAUUUUAUAUAUUUAUCUACUUAUGCCUAAUAUAAAUGUUAAAAGCUUAAAGCUAUCUUGUCUAUAGUUUAGCCCUAGGUCUGAUUGUUGCAUUUUGAAGUUGCAGUGUAAAAAUAAUAAAAGCAAUAUUAUUUAUUAUUUUUUAUUUCUAAGUUCACAAGAGUGGUCCUUUACAGGUCUUACUUUUUACGUGGAUCAGCCACUAUCACAUUUUUUGCUUUUGAUUUGCCUUUCCAAAGAAACUUUCUACAGUCUUUCUUCCAAAACAUAGCGAUUUCAGUAGGUUCAAAGCAAUAUCCGUGGUGAUUGAGUACUUCAGGAGAAACUACGUGUAAAGCCAAUGUAGUCUGUUCCCUGGUCCUGAAAGGGCCAGUUAUAGCAGGUCUGAGUAAACAUCCACAAGGACACAUAGUAGCAACUUUAGGUGUUGAAAUAACAUUCAUUCGGUUACUUAAAUUUAUCCUUUGUAAAUUAUUACACAAUCUCAGUUCCUCUACAUUCCCAGUAAAGGAUUGUGUUGCUCGAAGAUUCAAAGGUCUCGCAUUCUGAUUUUCAACAAUAUUUGUAAAUCCAACGGCAGAUAUUGAUUUUUUGGUGAUAAUCGGGCUGUCACAAGGGCUCCUUUGAUCACAUUCACUUUCUCUAUCUGAAUUAUUAUCUGUAUACAUGAUUAUUUAUCCUCAUUAAUUUAUUCUAAAAAACUAAAUUGCAAUGACAACUUCAUUUGUUUCCCGCGUCUAUAUUCAAAGACAAAUUAGAGAGAGAUUAUAUCAAUCCAAAGAUACUGUAGCUAGCCUUAUCUUUGCGUUAUUAAUAAUCCUUCGUCCAUGUUCUUGCAUAUUGCACAUAAGAUUCGGCUACGCUGAAUUUACGUUAGUUGUUCAUACAAAAGCGUUGCGCCUUUUUUUCCUUGCCGUUCUGAAAUUAUUAACCAACUUCCAAAAACGGGAGAGGUUUUCAAUUCGUCAGAACCUUUGUUUUUUACGUUUGUUCGACGAGUACUCGAAGAUGGCUGAACCGAUUUGAAAAAUUCUUUUUUGUCCGACGUGGUUUUACUUCCCAGUUAGACCCAUGGUCAUCAAGUCAGGAUCUAAUAAAGGAAACCUGCAGAAAUCAAAGGAACUCCUAAAAAAAUAUAAGCAGAUCCGACUAUAGUAAUUAAGGAAUUUUGGAUAGAAACUCCAAUUCUCCAUCUGUCCAUUUAAUCUAACGAAAGCGCCAUCUGGUAAAGCGGAACUGAUGAUGAAGACAACAGAUGGCCACUGGAACUAGUAAAAUAAGAAUUAACAAAGUAUCGUGUAUAGUGAAGUGGAGCUGAUAGUGUAGUCAGACAGAACUCUUUAACAAUAAUAAUGAGCACUUGCAUCUAGGCUCCCCAACUCAUGCAGCUGUCGAAAGUUAAACCUAAGUUUUUCACUGAGGUGCUAAAUGGAAUAUUAGUGCCCGCAAGAUGGACUUUGGGGAGUGAUUGCCAGUCAACUCUAGUGAUCAUCCUGGAACUUCCAUCAACAUCCCUAAACCGAGAAAAGCAAUAUUUUGUAAAAUAUUAGUUUAUAUUACACUAUUGUAACUUAGCUACCUAAACUUAGCUGACAUAUAAAAAGUGAAGAAUAAAAACUUAAUUAACAAAAAUAAAACGGACGACAAAAACAAAUCACAAUUCAGAAAUAAUUUUUAUCCUUUGAUAUAAAUAUAAUGUGAUGAAUAUGAUCAUUUGAUUUUAAUAAGGCUCUAUGAAUCCCAAUCACUAAACUGUCUAUGGUCAGACUAGGCUACCUCUCUGUUUACUUUUGAUUUAAAUUGGUUUGCAACAUAACAGGUAGUUAUCAAAGCUACUUUGUCAAAGCCUAGGAACUUGUAUACUAACUGAAAUGCUUACGUGACCCUUAAAAGCGUUCCGAAGAGCCAAACCUCAAUUAGUGGAAGGUGUCUCUUACUAGUUGUGUGUCCAAACAGUAACAUAAGCGAUGAGAUAAUUAUUUUUCUGUGGGUCAAGUAACUAUCUCAAAUUGUCUAUUCUAUAUGCUAAGCUUGAAAGUCCAAAAAAUAUUAAAAUCCCUAAACGACCUUCCGAGCUUAUUUAAUAAGUCGCUAUAUGUAUUGCAUCUGUUUUUUAUCCAACAUUGAACACGAUUUACAGUUCUCAAAUUUAAAUUUUAAUUAGGUAAACGACUUCAGUUACUAGGAAAACAAAAAUGAAAAUAAAUCCAUUGAAUAAUAUUUCAUUGAUUUAUUAGUUAAAUUACAGAUUAUUAUUUUAAAAGUCUUAAAAAACACGACGCAGCGUUUUAUCAAUAGGGGUGAUGACGGGGUACAGUAAACGAAAUUCUAUUUAGUCCGACAGUUAGAUGAUCAAAAAAUAAUGGACACGUAUUUUUUCUUAAGAUUUCUAAAAAUACAAAUCAUAAAACAUGCAAAAAUAGUUGUUGUAAGUAUUAAAAAUAGGAUUUAAAAAGGAUUUCAUCUAAAAAAAUGUGACUGCUGAAUUUUUUUUUCAGUAAUAAAG